AUGGAAGAUAAUUUAAACAAAAAGCUGUACGCCUUAAGUCAAAUAUCAAAAGUUAAAUUAAAACAAAUAUUAGACUCUGUCAAGGGUCAAAAGAAUUUAGUUAUAGAUGAAAAAUUGAUAAAACCUUUGGACAGGAUAUGUGAUAUGAAUUGGCUAAGACAGCAAGGCAUAGAAAAAGUCUUCAAAUUCAACUCAUCCGAGCCCCAUCACAACCUAAAAACAAUAUACUUCAUACCCUCGAACCUAAUAACCCUCAAACUAGUACUCGAUCAAAUCCACUCCUAUUCCCGAACAGAAAACUCCAUAUGCGAGAACAUAUUAAAAAAACUCACCCUAAACUCCUACUUCCACAUCAUAAUAUUCCCUAAAGUCCUGCAAACAUUCAAAACCCUUUUGGAAGAAGAAGGCCUCUACGGAAUCGUGACCCUGCACUCAUUCCAAUGGGAACUGAUACAACUCGAUGAUAAUAUUUUGAGUCUAGAAUAUCCUGGUUUGUUUAAAAAUUUGUAUAUAAAACAAGAUAGUUGUUUGUUGAGUUCGAUAAGUAAUAGUUUGUGGACUUUGUGCCAAAGUAUGGGUAAACCUGGUUUGGUUUUGGGGCUUGGACAAAAUUCUAAUAAAGUUUUGAAUAUGUUCAACACGUACUGUGAUUACUAUGAUGUAAAUAAAAAGAGUGCAGAGUUUGGUGCUUUUUUGGUGAUGGAUCGGGAUCAGGACUAUACGUCGACUUUGUUGAUACCAGCAACGUACAGUGGUUUGUUGAACGAAGUUUUCAACAUAAAAUGUGGUACCGUCCAGGUGAAUAAAAUUGUAAACAAAAUUACACGCGGUAAAUUGAAGUUUGAUGCUGAAACCGAUGAGGGCAAAGAUAACACCUUGUUGCACUUGAAUAGUAACACGGAUACAAUUUAUAGCGAUAUUAAAUUUAAACACUUUUCGGUGAUUUUUUCCCAGUUGUGUGGACAAGCCAAGGCAUUGAAUAUGCAGAAGGCGAAUGCCAAGACUUUUAACAUAAACGAGAUGAAACAGUUUGUCGAAAGCAAACUGCAAGAAGUUUCCGCCAAAAAACGGGACCUGGCGAAUCAUCUUUUAGCGUGCGAGACUAUAAUACAACAAUUUGGCGGUAUGUUUGAACUUAUACAAACUUGUGAAACGUGCAUGCUGGUGCAAACUAACCGCAAACAAGCUUUGAGCACGAUACAAGAACUGAUGUCUACAGAAACCCAUAAACAAACUGUUGUAAAAAUGUUGUGUUUGUACUCCCUCACCCUUGGUUUGUCCUUCGACGACUACACCGCGUUAGGCACAAAGUUUUUCCACGCUUUUGGCUUCGACCACUUGCACAUAUUCCAAAACUUGACGACAGCCGGUUUGUUCCUACAACCAUCCAACAAAUUCAGUAUUACCAUACCAAAUUUGACCACAAUAAGUGCCUCAUUCCCCAACACAUCGUUUCACGCAAACGCAAACAAACUCAAACAACUCCCCAGCGAAACAGAAGUCAACGUUAAAGACCCAAUUGUCCAAGUUACGUAUUCGGCGGCAUGUACAUACCCUUAAUCACGCAACUCGUCAAAUUCCUUACAAAAGCUACAAACUUAGAAGACUUCUGUACAAAAUGUUCACACCUAGCCAAUUUUAAAGCAACGAGUCCAAAAAUUCCUGAACAA